CUCAGGUGAGAGACUGAAAAGCACUUCCCUGGAUCCAGAUUAAUAUCUUUGUAGUUUAGGAAAUUGAUUUUAGAUGCAGAAUGAAUUAACAAUUAUUUCCUAAACAGACCGGUUACACAAAAUAAGCCUGUGUAACAUGUAACUCCAUAAGAAAAUUUGUGGGAAAUAGUAUGUUAUUAAAUGUGUUGACAUAAUAUACACACGACAUAAUAAAUAUAUGUAUGGUAAUUGUCCACUCUGCAGCUGCCAGUGGGGACAUCAUAAUGACCCAGCCUCCAUCCUCCCUGGCUGUGUCUCCAGCAGAAAUGGUCACCAUCAACUGCAAGUCCAGCCAGAGUCUUUUUUACAGCUCCAACAAGAAGGACUAGUUGGCCUGGUACCAGCAAAAACAAGGACAGGCUCCAAAGCUGCUCAUCUCCUGGCGAUCCACCCAGGCAUCUGAGAUCCCAGACUGGUUCAGUGGCACUCGAUCUAGGACAUAUUUCACUCUCACCAUCAGCAACUUCCAGCCUGAAGAUGUAGCAGUUUACUACUUUCAGCAAGAUUAUAGCUCUCCCACCACAGUGCUUCAUCCUCAAACAAAAUCUUCCUUCCCAGGCUGUGUGUCAGUAAGCCUCUGUAGUAUCAGCAGCUGCUUCCUCCCCACAGGUCCUGGGCUCACAUACUUCCUCUAUCUAUGUAAAUUUGUGUCUCCUGAUUUAUGUGUGGGAAGGAUUACAGGGUUCCCUGAAAAUGAGAAAAGCAGAGGAUUCAGUCUAAAUCUGGCUCAUUCCUACCUGAACUGGAGCCCACAUGGGACCUCAGGUACCAGUGGGGACAUUGUGAUGACCCAAUCUCCUGUCUCCCUGGCUGUAGCUCCAGGAGAAAUGGUCACCAUCAACUGCAAGUCCAGUCAGAGUAUGAAGAGCUCCUUAGCCUGUGUCUUCAUAUAUGUAUGCAUGGUAAUUGUGCACUCUGAUUACAGGUGCCAAAGGGACAUCGUAAUGACCCAAUCUCCAGCCAACCUGGCUGCAUCUCCAGGAGGAACGGUCAUCAUCAACAGCAAGUCCAACAAGAGGCUUUUUUAUGGUCUGGAGCAGAAGGACUACUUAGCCUGGUAUCAGCAGAAACCAGGACAGGUUCCUAAGCUGCUCAUCUACUUGGCAUCUAACUGGGCAUCUGGGGUCCCUGACCGGUUCAGUGGCAGUGGAUUUGGGACAGAGUUCACUCUCACCAUCAGCAACUUCCAGGCUGAAGAUGCCGCAGUUUAUUACUAUAAGCAGUAUGAUAACAGCAAUAAGGCAGAUUAUUGCUGUUAGCAACAUUAUGGCUGCCCUCCCACAGUGCUUCAGCCUGGAGCACAAACCUCCUCCCGACGGCUACAGGCCAGUGAGUCUUCACUGCACCAGCUGCUUCCUUUCUGCUCAGCCCUGAACAUGCAUGCUUGCUCUGUCUACUCCACGGAACACAUCUUCUGACGAAUUACUUGGAGUAUUUGUAGGUUCCAGGAAAAACUUAAGGGUUGUGGCUUCUUCUGGAUUCCCUUUUGAUGUAAAUUAUGGGAAAAAAUAAUGCUCUAAAAAGCUCUUGUAGACUUUGUCAGGAAUUUUCGUAUCACAUGAAACUGUAUGUUUCACAUGAAGAGGUCACGUGACUGAUUUGGGGAAGGGCCCAGAGUGCUUUACACCCUGAAAGAUCAGUUCUCUCUUCCCUGUGCCUUCUUGACUCUGGUAUAUUCCCAAUUUAUUUCCUUGUUUUACUGGACUUUUUCCUUUCUCUGCCAUCACCACUCACAACUCUGGACCUAACCCAAUAUUAAGCUUGGUCCCUUCAUGUUUAAAACUUCCCUCACAGAAGGUAGUAUUCCUCUCUUACAUUUUUCUUCCGUGGAUCCUGUUUUCCAGCCAAGCCUUCCUGGUCAAUGUCAGUGAAGGUGUUUUCAGGUGCUAAGCUCUAAAUUUACUGCCCUUUUCUCCUCUCUCCAUGUCUUUCAGUGGUACUCAUUCUUUCAAAGGCCAGUCUCUAAUUCAUUAACUCCACUACUCUAGAAAUAUGUGACAGCUUUCCCAUGUUCUUUUUUCAUUAGUUGUCAAUUCCUCUUUACGUUAAUCCCUUGGGCACUCAAGUUUCAUUGAGUGACUGAAGGAAAUCAUGGUUCUUUCUUGUUAUUAAUUGCCAUCUUAUGGGCCCCUGACUCAUGACAUCCCAAAAUCACAAUACGAUCUGACUCUUGUGAUUCAUAGGGUUUUCAUUGGCUGAUUUUUCAGAACUAGAUCACCAGGCCUUUCUUUCUAGUCUGUAUUAGUCUGCAAGUGCUACUGAAACCUGUUUAGCAUCCAAAGAACAUGCAUAGAUGAAAUGUGGUAAAUGAGGCCUGUAGGUCCCUCCUCAGGUUUAUGCUGAUGACAUCUCAAGUAGUGUUUCCAGUCUGUGUAGACGAGACUCUCCCUGGCCCUGCAGCUAAUGGAGACUUUCUCUUCUGGGGGACAGCAGAGAUUCUGGCACCUACUCAGCAGGAUCUGCCCACUGGAACCUAAAAUGACAGACACAUGAGGAUGAUCCAGAAAUAUGUGCCAUCAGGGAUAGAAGGGAAAUCAUACCAGUGGUCUCUAACUGGGACAAGUGAACAGGCCUGGUUGGCUUGUAACAUUUAUUUGAUAUUUCAUUUCAAAAUGUAGACCUAUUUGAAUAGGAGGAACACUCUGGAGAGAAAGCUCCAUGCCUAGGAGAUGAGACUUCUGGGGCAGAUAGAGGAAGUAUGCAUGUUCAGGACUGUGGAGGAAGGAAGCAGCUGGUGCAGUGAAGACUCACAGGCCUCCAGCCCUGGGAGGAGGCUUGUGUUCCAGGCUGAAGCACUGUGAGAGGGCAGCCAUAAUGUUGCUAACAGCAAUAUCUGCCUUAUCCUCAGCCUAGAGGCUGCUGAUGGUGAGAGUGAAGUCUGUCCCAGACCCACUGCCACGAUGCAGGUCAGGGAUCUCGGAUGCCUAGUGGGAUGCAAAGGAGAUAAGCAGCUUAGGAGCCUGUACUGCUUCCUGCCGGUACCACUGCUCACAGUCUGGCUGGACUUGUACUGAUGGUGACCUUUCCUCAUGGACACACAGUCAAGGAGACAGAAGACUGUUAUCAAGAUUUCCCCACUGACACCUGCAAUCAGAAAAGACAAUUACCAUACAUACAUGUAUACACACACUUUUUCAUAGGCACAUUAAAACAUAUCUUUUUAAAUGUGCAUUUUAGUGGAAUAGAUGUCACACAUAAUUGACCCAUUAUUUACCACUGCAUCCUAAAAUCAUUUUUCAGCUCUACGAGAUACUUCUCUAAAGGGAUUAAACCACUUUUUAUUUCUCACCAGAGACCCAGAGCAACAGGGACAUGAGGACAGGAGCCUGUAACAUCAUCUUGCUGCGCCCACCUGCCUGAUAAAGAUCAGCUCACAUUGCAAAGUCCCCAUUUAUAAAAUCUAAGCAGCCAGACCGGGCCUGGAGGGUCUAUGCAAAGCCAUCAUUGAAUGUGGAGGCAAAGUACGUCAGUAGUGGGUUGUGAAAGUAACCAAAGUAAAUCAAGAGCCAAUGACUAGAAAAGACAAAGUAGUCAACUUAGAAGCCCUAAUAUCAACUAAGAAGCUCUAAAGCUACAAACAUUAGCUUCUCUUCAGAAGAGCGUCUAUUUAAAAUAAGGGAAAAAAAAAUGAAAUGGGUUCAGGGUCCAUAAAUGAUGGGCUAGUUCCCUGAUUUCUACAAUCCUGGUGAAAUAAUACAAAAUGAUGGAAAUAUAUGAAAGAAGAGUAAAGAAGAGAUGACAAUGGAGAACUUUUG